UUAUGCUCCUACGACUCACUAAAAAUUUCCUCCUUCCAAUUCCAUGGCAAGAACCACAGUUCUCUGAUCCAUGCAUGGCUUCUCCUCCUUCCUCCCCUCCCCAACCCAAGAAGCUCAAAAUGUCCACAACAAGCAACUCAUCUGCUGAAGAUGAAGACUCCGCUGCCAUCCCACCUACAGCCGCCGAACCAAAUCGCCGGCGAUACAAACGCCGCAAGAUCGCAAUUUUCUUCUCCUACUGCGGCGCAGGCUACCAAGGAAUGCAGAAGAAUCCCGGCGCUCGCACCAUUGAAGGUGAGUUCGAAGAAGCCCUCUUCCACGCCGGUGCCGUACCUGAGUCCGAUCGCGGAAACCCUAAACGAUACGAUUGGGCUCGAGCCGCUCGCACCGAUAAGGGUGUCAGCGCCGCCGGUCAGGUGGUUUCCGGUCGAUUUUAUAUCGAUCCACCGGGCUUUAUUGAUCGUUUGAAUUCGCUACUUGCCGAUCAGAUUAGGGUUUGGGGUUUCAAGCGGGUCACGGCUUCCUUCAAUGCGAAGAAGUUCUGUGAUCGUCGCAGGUAUGUUUAUCUUCUACCUGUUUUCGCGCUCGACCCUAAUGCUCAUCCCGAUCGAGAGAGUGUUGUGGCGAGCUUGGGAUCUGAGAAUGAGCUCGCUCGGUGUUUAGAGUGUUCGGAAAGGGGAAGAAAGGUGUUUGGUGCGAUUGGAAGGCAGUUCAGAAGUUUGAAAGAGGAGGACAGAUAUGAGCUUGAUGGAGAUGGAGAUGGCGAUGAAGAUGAACUGCCUGCAGAGGUCAAGCUGGUAAGUAAAACCGAAGUCUUUGUGACAGAAAAUGGUUUCGGAGAAUUGAAGGAGCUCGAUGUUCCAUCAAAUCCAGAAUCUGCGAAGACUGAUAGAGAAGUAGAUGAUGAAGGAAAAGCAGUUGAAACCGAAGAACUGCAUUUGUCUAACUGCAAAGCUUCAGCAGGUGAGGAGAAGGUAGAAUCUGUUGUUUCAGUAGACGCCAUUGAAGAAAAACUAAUGGUAGCUACCAGUAGUUACAGCUAUGGGGACUUGGAGAGGAAAAGAUUUAAUCUUAUUCUGAACCGUUAUGUGGGCACUCAUAACUUUCAUAAUUUCACAACAAGAACUAAAGCUGAGGAUCCGUCCGCUCGGCGUUACAUCAUCUCUUUCAAUGCUGAUUCUACUAUCACCAUUGGAGGGAUUGAGUUUAUCAAAUGUGAGGUUGUUGGUCAGAGCUUCAUGCUCCAUCAAAUUCGAAAGAUGAUCGGUCUCGCAGUUGCUUUGAUGAGGAAUUGCGCACCAGAAUCACUCAUGGACAUUGCUUUGAGACAGGAUGUUAACAUUAAUGUACCAACUGCACCUGAGGUUGGAUUGUACUUAGACGAGUGCUUCUUCUUUUCUUAUAAUAAGAAGUGGAAGGAUUCCCAUGAAGCACUUACCAUGGAAGCUUAUGCAGAGGAGGUUGAGGAAUUCAAGUUGAAGCACAUAUACUCACACAUAGCAUCCAUGGAGCACAAAGAAGGAGCUGUUGCACUAUGGCUUCAUUCCUUGAACCGCCGUAAUUAUCCCGAUUUUCAAAUGGAAGAACGUAAACAUACCGAAGUUGAUGGGGGUAAUCGCUUGAAUGAUUUGUUUGCUGCAUAAACUUUUGUUUUUGUGCUGAUUGAUGAUAUUUUAUUUGAAAAAUGUUUUAUCUUGAGCUUGAAAAUGGAAUUUUCCUAUGACAGUAAUUGUAAGAAAGAAUAUUUAGGCA